AUGCAUCCCUUCUGUUGCGUUUCUACUUUCUCUGAUCACUCUCCUUCGAUGCCGUUACCGGAGCAACCGCCACCACAACCGCAACCGCCUUUCGGUAUGACUCGAUCCGAACCCAUUAUGACUCGAUCUGCUUCACAGAGUUAUAAUCAUCAUUCCGAUCAAUCCAAUCACCAUCUCCUCCAUAGUCUCUCCUUCAACCACCAGAGUGACGUCGCAAAUCGGUUAGGGCAACGCGUUUUAGCCUUACCGGCGUCGGCGGUUAGAGAACCGCCGGUUGAUGUGAAGAUUAACGAUAUCGUCGGGAAUGGAAUCGCUGGGAUAUUGCAUAAGUGGGUGAAUUAUGGCAGAGGAUGGCGACCAAGGUGGUUCGUUCUGCAGGAUGGUGUACUUUCGUAUUAUAAAAUCCAUGGACCUGAUAAGAUCUUCGUUAGCCCUGAAACUGAAAAGGGAUCAAAAGUGAUCGGAGAUGAGUCUGCUCGUAUGAUCUCUAGGCGCCACAAGCAUGGUGGAAGCAGCGGCACUAACCAAUUACGUCGGAAGCCAUUCGGAGAAGUACAUCUCAAGGUUUCAUCAGUUCGGGAGAGUAGAUCAGAUGAUAAGAGAUUUUCGAUAUUUACAGGCACCAAGAGGCUCCACUUGCGCGCAGAGACGCGAGAGGACAGAACAACUUGGGUUGAGGCGCUGCAAGCUGUCAAAGAUAUGUUUCCAAGGAUGUCUAAUAGUGAAUUGAUGGCUCCUACCAACAAUUUGGCCAUGUCGACGGAGAAGCUUAGGCAACGGUUGAUAGAUGAAGGAGCCUGUGAGUUAGCUAUUCAGGACUGUGAGCAAAUUAUGAGGUCUGAGUUCUCAGCACUUCAGAGUCAGCUAGUGCUUCUCAAGCAGAAGCAAUGGCUUCUCAUUGAUACUCUUAGGCAGUUAGAGACAGAAAAGGUAGAUCUGGAGAACACAGUUGUCGAUGAGAGUCAAAGGCAGGCUGAAAAUGGAGGUUCCAAUGAUUUAAGACAUGAGAAGUUCAGUGAAGGAACUGCCACUGAAUCUGAGGAUGAUAAUGAGCGAGGUGAUGCGGAAACUGAUGAGGAAGACAAUACUUUUUUUGAUACACGCGACUUUCUAUCUUCAAGUUCUUUCAAGAGUAGUGGUUCUGGCUUUCGUACAUCUUCGUUUUCUUCUGAUGAUGAUGGCUUUGGGUCAGAAGAUGAUAUUGAUCCUUCCAUCAAAUCUAUUGGGUUUAACUAUCCUCACGUCAAAAGGAGGAAGAGUUUACCUGACCCGGUUGAAAAAGAGAAAAGUGUUAGUCUUUGGUCAAUGAUCAAAGACAAUAUAGGCAAGGAUCUCACAAAAGUCUGUCUCCCUGUUUACUUUAAUGAGCCACUAUCUUCUCUACAGAAGUGUUUCGAGGAUUUGGAAUAUUCAUAUCUUCUUGACCGAGCAUUUGAAUGGGGCAAAAGGGGAAAUAGCCUCAUGAGGAUUCUUAAUGUAGCUGCUUUUGCUGUGUCUGGGUAUGCAUCAACCGAAGGAAGAAUCUGCAAACCUUUUAAUCCAUUGUUAGGUGAAACAUACGAGGCAGACUAUCCAGACAAAGGCCUUCGAUUUUUCUCAGAAAAGGUCAGUCAUCAUCCUAUGGUUGUGGCAUGCCAUUGUGAUGGCACAGGAUGGAAAUUCUGGGGAGAUAGCAAUCUGAGGAGCAAAUUCUGGGGUCGAUCGAUUCAGCUUGACCCUGUUGGUGUAUUGACUUUGCAAUUUGAUGAUGGAGAAAUCCUUCAGUGGAGUAAGGUGACUACAUCAAUAUACAAUCUCAUACUUGGUAAACUGUACUGUGAUCACUACGGUACAAUGCGCAUUGAUGGCAAAGCUGAAUACUCAUGUAAACUCAAAUUUAAGGAGCAGUCAAUCAUCGACCGAAAUCCUCACCAGGUUCAUGGUAUAGUUCAAGACAAGAGUGGGAAGACAGUGGCAACGAUGUUUGGGAAAUGGGAUGAGAGCAUGCACUAUGUGACGGGUGAUUGUUUUGGGAAAGGGAAAUUGAGUGAAGCUAUGUCAGGAGCUCAACUUCUCUGGAAACGGAGCAAACCUCCUGGAAAUGCAACAAAAUAUAAUCUAACACGAUUUGGAAUCACUUUAAACGAGCUUACGCCUGGGCUUAAGGAGAAGCUGCCACCAACGGAUUCAAGGCUUAGACCGGACCAGAGGUAUCUGGAGAACGGAGAGUUUGAAAUGGCUAACACAGAGAAGUUGCGGCUGGAACAGAGACAACGUCAGGCUAGGAAGAUGCAGGAGAGAGGAUGGAAGCCGAGGUGGUUCACGAGAGAGAGAGGAAGCGAGGCUUACCGAUACAAAGGAGGGUACUGGGAAGCCCGCGAGAGCGGACUAUGGGAAGACUGUCCAGACAUCUUUGGCCACAUAGAUUCCGAACAACAGAUAGAAUAAAUUGAAGUAUAAGCUUCAAUUCUGGUCUACUCGAUUCUUGAACCACAAAAUAUAUUAGCUUUUUCCCAUCUUCUUGUUUUUUAGAUUAUAGUUUGGUUUCUUUUUAAUCGUUCUCGGUGUUUUAUUUUUUGCAUCCCUUAUUAUUCUUUUUACUCGCAAUUUUGCGUUACAGGACCCUUUUCGUCUUCUUUUUGUUUUGUUUUUCUUUACUGUAAUCAACAAAACAAAAAGUUCGACCAUACAAAAAUUUAAAAUUCACAUUACAUGACAAAUUAAGCUUGAUUGGUU